AUGACUGCAGUGACAGCACUGUUAUACUAUGCUAUCACCAACAGACACUAUUGUCAGAGAGCCACAAAACCGCCCAAAUCUCACCACUGUCAACAGUGUGAGAAAGAAUUCCCUACAUCACAUCGAUUAAAGAUUCAUCAGAGAUUUCACUCUGGAGAGAAACCGUACAGUUGUGACCAGUGUGAGAAAGCUUUCUCUACUGUCAAAUACCUAAGACAACACCAGCGCACUCACACUGUAGCGCGGCCGUACAGCUGUGACCAGUGUGAGAAAACAUUCAAAACAGGAGGAGAGCUAAGAAUUCAUCUGAGACUGCACACUGGAGAGAAACCGUUCAAAUGUGAGGAGUGUGGCAACAGAUUCAUAUCAUCAGGACGACUGCACAUGCAUCGUCGAAGAUAUCAUACAGAAGAGAAGCCUCACCGCUGUCAGCAGUGUGACAAAGCGUUCACGACACCAGGAGAUCUAAAGUGUCACCAGAGAGUUCACACUGGAGAGAAACCAUACAACUGUGAGCAAUGUGGGAAAGCUUUUUCAUCAUUAACAAACUAUAGAAUCCACCAGCAGACCCACAGUGGAGAGAAACCCUUCACCUGUGAGAAGUGUGGUAAAGCUUUCUCUUGGUCAAGUCACCUAAGGAAACACCAAAUCAUUCACACUGGAGAGAAAUCGUACUACUGUGGCCAGUGUGGAAAGACCUUCACUCGACUAGAAAACUUAAGAGCCCACCAACGUAUCCACACUGGAGAGAAACCGUACAACUGCAGACACUGUGAGAAAGCGUUCAUUUCUGCCACAGACCGCAACGUGCAUGAAAGGAUCCACACUGGACUGAAGCCAUACAGCUGUGAGGAGUGUGGGAAGAGAUUCACUCACCUAAAUGUUUACAAGAAGCAUAGAAACAUCCACACUAGAGAAACAUUGUGGGCAGGCCUGUAG